AAGAACCUAUGUUCAAAAUUUGUGCAAAUCAUCAUUUUAAAAUGGAAAUAGAAAAAAGGUUAAGUUCAAUUGUACAGUCACAUAUUUCCAUAGGAUUGAAUAUUGAAAUUGUAUUUGUCUGUAUACACAUUCAUCCAAAUGUUCAAACCGCGACUACUAGUUUUUUUUUUAAGUUCAAGUCUGGGUUCGAAUAACAGAGUGUCGAACGUUUAUGCAAAAACCCACGAAAACUGACGCAGCAAACAAACCGUGAUCAAAUUGAAUUGUCCAUGCGCCAAACAGUAUGAUUCAAAACGUGAGCGUGUUAAGAGCUAUUUUCCGGUCCGUUAGGGUUUUGCUAAAUUUAUCGAGUACGGAGCAAAUAAGAAAUAAAUAAAUAAAACCGAUUUAAUUUAUAUCUGUGUUUUAAAAAUUGUGUAAAAAUGAUCGAUGAAGCAGCACCGGGUAUCAAAGAGUUUUUCAAGGGUCGUGAUAUAUUUAUCACUGGCGGUUCUGGUUUCAUGGGCAAAGUGCUGAUAGAAAAGUUAUUACGUUCAUGCCCCGAUUUGAAUCGAAUUUUCAUUUUGAUUCGAGCCAAAAAGAAUAAAACGCCAGAGCAGCGAUUGGAAGAAUUGGGAAAAAUACGUGUAUUUGAUCGCUUGCACCAAGAGUAUCCAAAUCAUUUCAGUAAAUUAUGUGCCAUCAACGGAGAUUGCACGAUGAAAGGUCUUGGGAUUAGUGAUGAGGAUUUAAGGCGCAUCGGAAAUGUAUCGGUUAUUUUUCAUACGGCUGCAUGUGUGAGAUUCGAUGAUUCAUUGAAAAAUGCUAUUCUAUUGAAUACUCGUGGAACCGUUGAGGUGAUGCGAUUGGCCGAAAAACUUAAACAAAUUCGUGUUGUUUUGCAUGUUUCUACGACUUAUUGUAAUCCCGACAAGAAAGUCGUCGAAGAGAUGUUAUAUCCACCAAAUGGUGAUUGGAAAAUGGCUAUUAAAAUUGCCGAAAAGCACGACGAAGAGACUUUAAAUGCUUUAACGGAAAAGUUUACAAAUGCCGAACCAAAUACGUAUACUUUUACAAAAGGUUUGGCCGAACAAGCAGUGAAGGACUUCAGUAACCGUUUACCCGUCGUUAUUUAUCGACCAUCGAUUGUGGUUUCGUCUUUAGAUGAACCCAUGCCAGGGUGGAUCGAUAACUUUAAUGGUCCAACUGGAUUAUUAUUAGCUUGUGGUUUGGGUUUACUUCGUACCACGUACGGUGAUCCCGAUGUUGUGUCCGAUUUCACACCGGUUGACACCUCAAUCAAAGCAAUGAUAGUCGCUGCAUGGAAGCGUGCUGUUGAAUCCGAACCACCUGAAUCUGUACCUGUGUAUAAUUGUUCGACAUCGAUUCAGCGCAAAUUCACCACCGGUUUCAUCGUGGAAAUGGGCCGAAAACUAGCACCCGAUGUUCCAAUCGAUAAAAUGAUUUGGUUGCCCGGUGGAUCAAUCACAAAAUGUCGAUACAAUAACUUUAUUAGGUUUGUUCUAUUCCAAUUGUUUACUGCAUUCUUCAUUGACUUUGUGUUUAAAUUAAUGGGCCAACGGCAAUUCGUAACAAAAUUACAACGGCGUAUUUACGGGGCGAAUUUGGCGUUACAUUACUUCAUUACGACGCAUUGGGUAUUUAAAAAUGCAAAAUUUCUGGCACUGAAUGACAUCAUUAAACCGGAGGACAUAAACGAUUUUCGCUUUGAUCGUUUUGUCACCGGUGACAUUCGAAAGUAUUUUAUUGCUUGCAUGUAUGGGGCGCGCCGAUAUUUACUAAACGAAAAGGACGAGAAUCUUCCGCGAGCCAGACGCAACUACAAAAGAUUCGAAUUUGUUCAUUAUACGUUGGUCACGGUGUGGUACAUAUUCUUGUUUUAUAUGAUUUUCAUCAAAUACAAUAUUAUCGGACAAAUAUGGGAAUGGCUUCAAUUUAAAUAAUAAAUUUGAUAUUUAAUAAAA